AGUGCAUUGGCCCAAAGCAUCCCUUGUUGCGCACGCCAACAUGAAGGCGGUUCUGCUCCUUUUGGCCUUGGCCAAUGCAAAGGAGCUCACCAAGGAUAAUUGGGACGAGGCAGUCAGCGGCAAGACUGUCUUCGUGAAGUUCCUGGCUCCUUGGUGAGGACACUGCAAGAAGAUGAAGCCUGAUUGGGACAAGCUGAUGAAGGAGUAUGCGUCGUCCUCCUCUAUCCUCAUCGCAGAUGUUGACUGCACAGCCGGUGGCAAGAGCAAGUGCGAGGAGGUCGGCAUCAAAGGCUAUCCGACCAUCAAGUAUGGCGACCCAGACGACCUCCAGGACUACAGUGGUGGCCGCUCGUUUGAGGACUUGCAGAAGUUUGCGAAGGGCCUUGGACCAAUGUGCAGUCCAGCUAACCGAGACCUUUGCAGCGACGAGAAGAAGAAGCAGCUUGACGAAUACAUGACUCUUGACGCAUCCAAGCGCGAGAGCAUGAUCAAGGAGAAGGAGUCUCAGAUCGAGAAGUUGGAGUCCGACUUCAAGACCUUUGUAGAUGGCCUGCAGAAGCAGUACCAGGAGGGCAGCGACAAGAAGGACAAGGACGUGGAGGCAAUCAAGUCUUCUGGCCUUGGCCUGCUAAAGGCGGUGCAUUCUUAUGCCAAGAAGCAGAAGGGCGAGCUUUAGUAAAUUUAGAGAUUAGAAGUUUGCGCGUGCGACAUGUCGAAGUGUCGAACUGCCGACAUGCUCGCUGUUGAUUGGUUGGCGCUUGAAUUCAUGAGUUCUGCGAUUGAGGCUCGGCGAGUGUUCCAGCGGAAUGCCGGUCUCUGUUUUCAAGCGUUUCACCAAUGGGGCUAGGGCUUCGACCGUUCGGCCAGCGCAAGCUUUGACCGCUGC